AUGGCCAAGAUCAAGUCGGUUAGGUAUUACCGCGUGAAGCCUCGCUGGCUGAUGGUGAAGAUCACCGACGAGAAUGGCGAGUAUGGUUGGGGUGAGGCGACGCUCGAAGGUCACGACUUGGCGGUGGAGGGCACUCUCGAGGAGAUGAUCCCUAGGAUAGUUGGUCUGGAAGCAAACAACAUUGAGCACAUCUGGCAACUAUUCUGGAGGCAUGGCUUUUACCGUGGCGGCCCCGUUUUCAUGUCCGCCAUGUCUGGAAUCGACAUCGCAUUGUGGGACUUGAAGGGGCGUAAUCUCAAGGUUCCCAUCUACGAAUUGUUGGGCGGCCAGGUCCGCAAUAAGGUCCAGGUUUACUGCUGGAUUGGUGGUGACAGACCCUCAGACGUGGAAGCAGCAGCUAAGAAGCGCAUUGAGCAAGGUCUCACAUGCGUCAAGAUGAACGCAACGGAGGACCUCAACUGGGUCGACUCGCCCAAGGUGCUCAAUGCCACCGUGGAGCGUCUUAGACAGGUCAAGGCCCUUGGUCUGGAUGCUGGAUUGGACUUCCACGGCCGCUUGCACAAGGCGAUGGCAAAGCAGUUGGCGAGAGCUUUGGAGCCCCUCCAACCUCUGUUCAUCGAGGAGCCGUUGCUAUGCGAGCAUCCCGAAGCCAUCAAGCAACUCGCCAACAACACCACCAUCCCCAUUGCCUUUGGCGAGCGUUUGUAUACUCGCUGGGAUAUCAAGCGCUUCCUCGAGGACGCCAGCGUCGACAUCCUCCAGCCCGACAUUGCGCACGCCGGAGGCAUUUCGGAAACCAAGAAGAUCGCGACCAUGGCCGAAGCUUACGACGUCGCCAUCGCGCCCCACUGCCCUCUCGGCCCCGUAGCGUUCGCCGCCAGCGUUCAAGUCGCGUUGUCGUCUCCGAACUUUUCGAUCCUUGAGAUGUCGCUCGGAAUGCACUACAACACCGAGGCUGGCGACAUUGACUUGCUGACCUACUUGAAGAACCCUUCAGUGUUCGACAUUGAGGGGGGAUACGUGAAGGCACCGACCGGCUACGGCCUUGGUGUUGACAUUGAUGAGGAGAUGGUGGAGAAGAUCUCCAAGGAGACUGAGCCGUGGCAGUGCAAGGUGUUCCACGGUCCCGACGGAAGCAUUCGCGAGUGGUAA